AUGAGCAAAAGCAUAGCAGAGCCAGGAACAUGUCAAAGACCCAGGGGUAUUUCAGCAGAACACACACACAGCAGAACAACACAUACAUGCAAGGAGGGAUCAUGUCAAUCACCAGAACCCGUGAAGCGCGUUGUUUCAUUUCAAGGUGUUGGAAGAACCCUUGGAGACAACAGUUCUGCAAUAUCUGAGCAAACUGUUCCUAGACCUCUGAAUUCUGCCCAGCCUCCUUCUGCUGGGCUGGUUGUGGAUCAGAGCCAACCAUCAACUCCAAUUCAGCUCAGGUUAGCAGAUGGGACUCGUAUGGUGGCUCAUUUUAACUACAAUCACACAAUUAAUGAUAUACGAGCCUUCAUUGAUGCCUCACGAUCAGGAGGAAGUAGAACUUACCAGCUUCAGACUGUCGGGUUUCCUCCCGAACCGCUCAAUGAUCUGAAACAGACAAUAGAGCAAGCUGGCCUUGCUAACUCAGUUGCUAUGCGGAAACUUUAA